UAGGCGGCAUCUUUAAGAACUUUCAGAUGCUGUCACCGCACGACGACGACGACGACAACCAUCUCUGCAUCAAGUGCAACGCUACGAUCAUCGGUCUCGACAAUUAUGUUAAACACAGAAAACAGAACUGCGGCAAAGGCAAGAACACCCAAAAAACAGACCUUCAACCCAUCGAUCCAUUAGAGCCAUCGUACAGCCUAGGAGCUGACGUAUUUUUCCAGUCAUUGGAAUUACAGAGUAGCGUCAAAAAAUCCCCUCUAUCUCGACUAACUCCACCCACACCGAGUUCAAAAGUUAUCGAUAAGAAAAGCUCACUAGCCGCCGCGUCUACAUCUAGAGAUAUCCCGCGAAUGAGUCCCAUAGAAAGUAACCUGAGGGGAGAAGACUGGAUCGGUGGACACAGUUUAAGAAUAGGAAGCAACGAGGAUAAUCAAACAAAACUUAUUAAUGCUGUUGCGAGCAUAAGUGGUUCUGUUAAAAAGGAUCUUCCAAGUACAUCUUAUAACAUUAGCACAUACAACGACUAUAAAGGUGAUGAUGAAUCAGAGGAAUCCGAAGAUUCUGAAGAUGAUGAUGAAGAAGAAGCUCAUGGUGGGAAAUGGAAACCACCACCUAAUUAUACAGGUGGAAAAUGGCGGCCUGCUUCUCCGGACCAUGAAGAUUGGGAUAUGAGAGAUGACCAGGAUCACGAUCGCGAUUAUGAUUAUGACGCACCACCACCGGGUCACACUAAAGGAAAAUGGGUCCCAGGUGCGAAUGAAAAAACACAAAUAAUGCAAACAACAAUCCAAUCCAAAGGAUCUGUUCAAUACUGGUGCGGUCCCUGUAACCGUAGAUUAGGCUCAAGGGCUAUUUACGAGAAACAUCUAAUGUCGAACUUGCAUAUGCGCAAAGUUCUUCCAGAACACGAGUUGGAAUUUUCAGGACACUUAGAACCAAUACGAAAUAUUGAAAAGCGAACAACGCGCCCGUCUAUAUUCGUGAAUGAAAACUCAAGCGCGCAACCACAGAAAAAGAAACAAAAAUUGGAACCGAAGGUUAUAAAAAUCAAAAAAAAGAAGAGGAAAAGAAAAUCUUAUUUCGUACAAUGCUCUGGUUGUAAAUCGCGUGUCAGAACGCACUUAAUGGGGAAACAUUUGAUUUCUCACUAUCACUUCAGAAAAGCUACAGACAUAAAAAGUGACGCCGACGAUCGAGAGUUAAUUCUUAACAAUAUAGAGGCCAUAGUCCAUCAGGCUCCAUUUCAAUGCAGCCCGUGCAAAUUUUAUGCAAAUUGGCUUUCAAAUUUCAUGCAACACUGGUAUUCCGAGGAGCAUGAGCUUACCGUUUCUUCAAUCGAUGGCAGAUAUUGGUGUUCCUUUUGUAAGUACGAGUGUGAAACGUCUCAAGAAAUGCUUAACCACAUGUCGAGUUCAGAGCACAGCGAAGUUGUGGCAGUCAUCAACCGAUCUAUGCCCAUUAUUAUACGAAAGAAGACAGUUAUACGUUGUGCGACGUGUGAUAAGGAAUUUCGUUACAACAUAGAGAUUAGAAAGCAUUGUUUGAAUACUGGUCAUGAGCUAACUGCUACAGCUACCGAUAAUUAUCAGGAACUACACAGAUGUCAACAUUGCAAAGAAAAAUUCAAAUCCUCAGUUACGUUGGCAGCACAUCUGAAAUCCAGACACAAACAGAAGGCUUUCUUUUGCCUCGUCUGUUCAAAGACUUUCACUGCCUCAAAAGAAGCGAAGCGCCAUCGGCAGACUUCAGAACACAGGGUAAGAAGGAAGGAGAAUAUGAAUAAAAGAGGAGUUGAGACCAAGGAUUUGAGUAAAAAAUGUCCUUAUUGCUCCGAAAAAGUUGUCUUGAAAAAUAUACUGGAACUGAAAGAACACAUUAGGCGAGUCCAUCCUAAUAUUAAAAAAAAGUGUCCGAAAUGUGGUAAAUCAUUCAUCUUUUCACAAGAAGUGAGUCGUCACAUCCGAGACAACGCGUGCUCGUUCCAAAAGACUGAAACACUGAACGCGUCCAUCCUCUGGAACUGUAGCCAGUGCAUCUUCACCACCGACUCUCAAGCCGAAUGCUUCUUCCACGAGGUUCUUCACACCGAACCUUUAAGUGAAACCAGCGACGGGACUGUCAAUAAAUCAGUCCAGAAAUACACCUGUCCACUUUGCCCCAAGAGUUUUAAGAAAGCGUCCCUCCGGCUGCAUUUGAGACAACACACUUUUGAGAGGCCUUUCGUAUGUACGAUCUGUGCGGCCAACUUCACGCGCCAGUCUAGUUUGGCAAACCACUGCAGGAGCGACCACGGAGGGUUGGAUUCUCGACUUACGGAGCUUGCUCCGCUGGAGGCCGGCAUGACCAAAAUACCGAAGACGUUCGAAUGCACCAAAUGCAAGAAAAAAUUCGCAGAUAGCCUCGCGUUAACCCACCACACUGUCGCUUGCGAGGUAGACGAAAGGCGUUGCCCUCAUGAGCAGUGCUCCUAUAUUGCAUCCACUGCAGCACAGCUAAAUAGACACCGUCGCGCGCACGGGGAGCGUGUGAAGCAGUACGACUGCUCGAUGUGCGAGUUCCGUACCGACCAAGCGAGCCACAUGAAGAGGCAUCUUGUGUGCCACGCGGGUGUCAAGCCGUACGCGUGUCCGCACUGCGAGUUCACCUGCGGGAGUCUGGAAAAUCUCCGCAAGCACGUGCUGCGCAGCGGGCGCCACCGCGGCCUGCCGCUUUACCGCUGCCGCGCGGCGCCGGGCGCGUGCCGCUUCCGCGCCGACCGCGCGCAGCUGCUGCGGGCGCACUACACGGCCGCGCACAGCGACCUGUUCGACGCCAAACGCGCCGCAGAGGCUGUCAAGCGCCACUUGAUGCCCGACGCGCCCUCUGGCGGCUCCUAG